AUGACACAGAUCGACACCGUGCACACCGUUCACCUCAGCAAAGUGGACGAAAGAUUAAGACGUAAACCAGCCUCCUCUCUUGGUCUUCCUCAGGUCAAGAAGUCCAUACGCUCCGGCCACCGGGCCAAUAUCUUCAGCGCCAAGUUCAUGCCCCACACCAACGACCAGGAGAUCAUCUCCUGCUCCGGAGACGGCGUCAUCUACUACACCAACACGGAGAAGAGUCCCGAGCACAACAGACAGUGUCAGUUCACCUGCCACUACGGGACAGCUUAUGAGAUUAUGACGGUACCAAAUGACCCCUACACGUUCCUGUCGUGUGGGGAGGACGGCACGGUGCGAUGGUUUGACCUCCGCACCAAGACCAGCUGUACGAAAGAAGACUGCAAAGAUGACAUUCUGAUAAACUGUCGCCGGGCAGCGACCUCUAUAUCCAUCUCUCCUCUGGUGCCGUACUACCUGGCCGUCGGCUGCUCCGACAGCUCGGUGCGGAUCUACGACAGACGCAUGCUGGGAACCAGAGCCACAGGUAACUACAUGGGCCGGGGGACGACGGGGAUGUGUGUGAGGUUCGUCCCCGCUCACCUGUCCAACAAGUCGUGCCGCGUGACGUCUCUCUGCUACAGCGCGGACGGCCAGGAGGUGCUGGUCAGCUACUCCUCCGAUUACAUCUACCUGUUCGACCCCAAAGACGACCAGGCCCGAGAGCUGAAGGGCCCGUCAGAGGAGAGGAGGGAGGAGCUGAGACAGCCUCCCAGUGAAGCGCGCCCUCCGCCUGGCCGGGGGGGACUGAUGUUAACCUUUUAUCCCUUCCACUAUGCCAGGGGAAGGCAGAGCCCAGAACGUGUCUCUGAUGGCAGAGGAAUGUCGGACAUGUUGUCUCGUGGUUCGAGGAGGCCAGCGAGGCUCAGAGCGGCCGAGGAACCCGACCGGCAGACUCUCUCCGGGCGCGAGAUAAAGGAGUCUUGUUUUUGGGGCGACAACUUUGUGAUGAGCGGCUCAGACUGCGGCCACAUCUUCAUCUGGGACCGACACACAGGGGAGCACCUCAUGCUGCUGGAGGCCGACAACCACGUGGUGAACUGCCUGCAGCCGCACCCCUACGACCCCAUUCUGGCUUCUUCGGGGAUUGACUACGAUAUCAAGAUUUGGUCGCCACGGGAGCAGGCGGCGUCUUUCAACAGAAUCCUCGCUAAUGAGGUAAUCACUCGAAAUGAGCUGAUGCUAGAGGAAACCAGGAACACAAUCACAGUCCCGGCUUCUUUCAUGCUCCGAAUGUUGGCCUCCCUUAAUCACAUCAGAUCAGAUCGACUAGAAGGGGAUCGCUCCGAGGGUUCGGGACAGGAGAAUGAGGAAGAGCAGUAGCCUGCGGGCAUUUUAAAUUGAAAGAAAAAAACUAUUUCUUCUUGCUGUAUAGCACAUGAAAAAAAAAAACCCUGAGAUUUGUACAAGUAUAGUGUAGAAUACUUCCUUUUGAAAACUAGUGUAAUUUCUAGGCCCCCCCCCUGUGUUUUUUUUAUGACUUUCUUACUGAUGUUUCUGUAUGAGGAUAAUCUACAUCUGUGUGAAUGCAAGAGGCAAAGGACGUCAGUAUAUAUAUAUAUUAAGUGUGAGAAUAAUGGCGGCUGGAGUGCAAGGAUGUUAAGUGCAAUAUUAUUUUGUUGAGAAAGUGAGCUUUGAUCAGUGUUAACGUGUGACAUUUUGAAUUUGUAGCACAAAGCUAAGAAUUGUUGAUGUGCUGCUCCGGCAGUUACGCAUGUAAACAAGGACUUUAAGUAAAAACAUACUUGGA